AUGGAGCUUGCUGGCCUCGUGGUCGGCGUCGCCGGCCUCGCGGGGAUCUUCAGCUCCUGCGUGGGAGCCAUUGAGAGAGUACAGUCCUAUCAGUCAUACACCGCUGAUUCCGGGGCUCUGGAAACGCGAUUCAAGGUCGCCAAAGUCCGUUUCGAAGCGUGGGGUUCAGCUGUCGGGAUAGAACACGGCAAAUUGCUGGCCGACCACCAUCCUGGAUUGGAUGACCCAAGCAGAGCAGAGGUGAUAGCCGAAACGCUGAAAAUCAUCUUGAAGGCCAUAUGCGAUGAAAGUCAGAAGUCCCCGAAGCAAACCCGUCUGUUUAAGACUCACGACAUUGCGGCCCUGAGAUCAAACGGCACUCAUGCCUCGACAUCAUCCGAAUCCAAGAAACGCAGAGUACAAUGGGCACUCUGGGGUAAAGAUGGUCGCAUGGAAAAAGUUGAAUUGUUUGAGAAGUUGGUGGACGGGCUGUACCAGCUUGUGUCGCUUUCAGGAGGAGGGGAGAUGAUGAGCUCGCCGCCUCAAUAUGGAGACGAAAAAGUACCAGAACUCGACAUGCACCAAACUGGGCUUGAUGAUAUACGGCGUAUGCUUGUUCGCCGGGAUAGCCAAAUCAAAGCAAAGUUCCUUCGUGAACUCUAUGUCUGGCUAGGUCACCAGUCUCCAACCGAGUUCUACCAAGAGGCCCUCCAAAAGAAGGUCAAUGGUACCUGCGACUGGUUUCUGCACCGGCCUGCCUUUUUAAACUGGCUGGAUGCCUCUGCCUCUCGAAACCUCCUAUGGGUUCAUGCCCCUGCAGGAUUUGGGAAAACUGUUCUCUGUGCUCGCAUUGUAGACUAUCUCUCAUCCACCGAAAGCACGCCCGUCGCGCACUUUUUCUUCUCAUCUGAGACUGAGGGCUCUAGGGAUCCUUUCAUUGCCAUUAGGUCCUGGGUCUCUCAGCUCGUAUCAUGUGACUCAGGCGCAGGUGCAUUUGAAGACGUUCUUGGGAUAUGGGAGGCCGACCAUGACCCAGUUGCAUCGCGUUCUGCUGUCCUUCAACUCUUCAGAGAACUCCUCUCGACGAUCUCCGAUUGCAUUCUUAUUGCCGAUGGCCUUGAUGAAUGCCUAGGAUCCAACCAAGGAAACACAACGGUAUCGAGCUUCAUACGUCAUGUUAUAGAUGCCGUAGCUACGACAAGUACCAGGGUUCUCUUUGUUAGCCGCGAUGAACCUAGUAUACGAACUGCCCUUGCGAGCUCGCCGGAGACACUUACCGAAUAUAAGAUCUCAUCCACCGACGUCCAGUCUGAUACCGCUGCCUACUCUAAUGAAAUUGUCAAAAACAUGCUUCCAAACAAGACCGACGAUGUUCGGUCAACUCUUUCUGAAGCAAUGACUGCUCGGUGUGAUGGCCAGUUUCUCUGGCUCAAAUUACAGGAGAACUCUCUCAGAAAGGGACUGAACAAAAAGCAACUUAGGAAUGUCAUACAAAAUACGCCCCCUGGGCUCGAGUCUAUUUAUGAUAAAUACUGGCACCGAAUCACAAGUUUAGAACCAGAUGACCAAUCUCGGGCCAUCUGGAUUCUGCGAUGGUUGGUAGUCGCUCUGCGUCCAUUUACAGUCCAGGAAAUUACUGAGGCUGUGCUCAUCAUGGAGUCAGGGGAGCUAUUAUCAGAAGAUUUGCCUGAUGAAAUAGACGAUGACUAUAUUGAAAGUGAAAUAAUUGGUCUUUGCGGGACGCUCUUGGAAAUCCGGGACUCCUCUACCACCUCUGCGCCGGCAGACAGAACUCUACACAUACCACACUUUUCCGUGCGAGAGUUCCUUCUAUCGAGGCUACCCACCCCCUCAUUUAUCGGGGGAUAUGACUUCGCUGAGGAGCUCCUUAAGACAAGUUGCGAGAAGCUUCAGCACACACUGGUGGCGAAGGCCUGUAUCCAAUAUAUAAGCCUCACCCAAGCCUGGGAGAACUCUCAAGACAAAUCCGAUGACCCACUACCGAGCGCGGCGUUUCGAGAGUAUGCUGCUACUCGAUGGUUCGAGCAUGCAAGGUUGGGCUUGCCAGAUCACCCCUCUCUAGUCGCGAGUUGUUUCCUGUUUUUCCAGGAAGAGAAUUCUGCUUGGUUUGGAUGGAGAAACUAUUUCGAAUUGGACCGGAAAAGCAGAAAGAGAAACCGGGCUGAACGUGUCCUUCCAAGCCCACUCUUUUAUGCGGUGAAGCUGGGUUUGGAUACAUUGGCGGCUAGAUUAGCAGCAUGCACUGAUGUCAACAGAGCAAGCAGUCACGGACGAACCCCUUUGGGUGCGGCCUGCUCUAAAGGGAAUUUGGACAUUGCUAAAAAACUUAUCAGGCGAGGGGCCAAGGUUGAUGCCGCGCCAGGCUCGAACGGGGUGACGCCGCUGCACAAAGCAUCGAAACAUGGCUUCGUCAAGCUUGUGAAGAUUCUCCUGAGAGAGGGAGCCGAUAUUCAGGCGUUUGAUGUACAUGGAUGGACUCCAAUGGCAUUAGCAUCUAUGCGUGGUCAUCUUGAUGUAAUCACGCUCCUUCUAGAUAACGGCGCUCCAGUUGAGGUUUGUACAUCUGAUGGCUCUAGCCCACUGAUCUUGGCCUGCGCCAGAGGCCAUUCUCAUAUUGCGAAACUUUUGUUGGAGAGGGGCGCUUCUAUUUCCUCCGAGGGUCGAUUGAAGAAUACCCCUUUGCACUUAGCUGCCUGCAAUGGCCACCUCGAGGUUGUCAAACUCCUUCUGGAACAUGAGGCUAGCGUUGUAGCCCCUAUUAAUCAGGAGGGAGCUUUUGAAGGGUAUGAAGAAAGCGUCAACACCCCCCAGGGACAACAAGCUAGAGUUUCCAACAGAAACAAUAUUGUUGGUGACUCUCCUUUGACCUUAGCUGCCAGUAAUGGCCACCUCCAAGUUGUGCGACUCCUCCUUGAACAUGACGCUACAGUUGCAGCGACGGAUAGACAUCAAAGAACACCUUUGCAUUUUGCCGCAGUUCUUGGCAAUGUUGAGAUGGCAAGGCUCCUUCUGGAUAAGGGAGCAGACACCACAGCCCGAGAUUCUUCUGGUUGCACCCCAUUAUUGUGUUCAGCAAAGAAGAAUCACAGCGAAGUAGUUGAGCUUCUCUUGAGUAGAGGAGCGUCUGUUGAGUCCACGGAUGAAGCUGGGGUGACUUCACUGAUGCAUGCAUCUGGACUUGGUCAUAUCGAAACUAUGAGAGUUCUUCUGGAACGAGGAGCUGGCAUCGCGGCUACGAGUGACAACGGAGGGACUCCACUAAUAUUUGCAUCCGAAGAUGGCCAUGUCGACGCGAUGAGGAUUCUCCUUGACAGAGGAGCUCACAUCGAGACGGCAGAUAAUGACGGGUGGACUUCACUGAUGAUUACUUCCCAAAAUGGUCAUACCGAAGCCGUCGAGAUUCUCUUGGGACGAGGAGCCAAUAUUGAAGCUAUGGAUGCCGUUGGGUGGACUUCAUUGAUGCUUGCUUCCCAGAAUGGCCAUGUUGAAAUCAUCGAGAUUCUCCUAGAAAAAGGAGCUAAUGUCGAGGCUUCGGAUACGGACGGAUGGACUCCACUGUUGAUCGCUUCCCGGCAUGGUCACACAGAAGCUCUUGAGCUGCUUUUAGGCCAUGGCUCCGAUCCUGCUGUUGCGAACUCCCAGGGGGAAACUGCAUUACAUAUGGCAUCCGAGCACGGCUUUGGCGAGAUGAUAAGCCUGCUUCUCAAUACAUCUGCUCUUAUUUGCAAUAAGCAGGAUCAAUGUGGUCGCACGCCUCUGUUUCUGGCCUCUGUAUAUGGGCAUCAUCAAGCUGUGAAGACUCUGUUGUCAGAUAGCCGAGUCGACCGAGAAAUGAAGGACUGGCGCGGGUCGACCCCAUUAUUUACUGCAGUAGCUAAUGGCCACUACGAUACGGCACAACUUCUGAUCUCCAAAUCUACAAAUUUAGAGACUCGAAGUGGCGCCAAACGAGAUCUGCUAUGGUGGGCGCAGCGUAGCGGAAACCCACAAGUCGUUCAGAUGAUUAAGGAGCAUGCGGGAAAAAUGGGCAGGCCUUUUACCGAUCAAGGAGAACUUGCCGUGGAAGUUGUUCCCUUCAAGUCAGAGAAUGGGUUCUGUGAUGCCUGUACUCUCAGUUUUGCAAGUGAUGCCUCCUACGAAUGUCUCCCAGAUCACAAUUUUGGGUUAUGUCAGGAGUGCUUUGACGAAGGCAUUAGGUGCUCUAACUCGACACACGAAAUGAAACUCAUCGUUGGACCUUCAGAUUCUGGUGAUGGGUCUGAUGGUGGGUGGGAUGUAGACAAUGAGAAGUUCGAUCUUGGUCAAGUAUCAGCCGGAUGA